GUCAGAGUCCCGCAUUGUUCUCCCGGGGUCUCCCGCUAAUUCCAGCCGGUGCGGAGCCGCAGAUACCAGCGAGGAGGAUGGAUAUAGAUGUACUAAACAUGUUCCUGGUGGCAGGAGGGACCCUCCUUGUCCCUUUAUUGGCUUUCAUGACCUCCUUCCUCUUGUGGCCAGCAGCGCUCAUCAGGAUUUAUUACUGGUACUGGCGCCGGGCCCUGGGGAUGCAGGUUAAAUAUUCCAGCUAUGGGAACUAUAAAUUCUGCUACACGGCCCGCGGGAAACCGGGAAACAAGCCGUCGGUGCUGAUGCUUCACGGAUUCUCUGCGCAUAAGGACAUGUGGCUGGGGAUGGUUAAGUUCCUUCCCAAGAACCUUCACCUGGUGUGUGUGGAUAUGCCAGGCCACGAGGGCACCUCACGUUCGGCAUUAGAUGACUACUCCAUCUGCGGGCAAGUUAAGAGGAUACACCAGUUUGUGGAAAGCAUCGGACUGAACAAGAAGCCUUUCCAUUUGGUCGGUACCUCGAUGGGUGGAAAUGUCGCUGGUGUUUAUGCUGCUCAGCACCCGACUCAUAUCAGCAGCCUGACCCUUAUCUGUCCUGCAGGCUUGAUGUAUCCAAUUGAGAGUAAGUUCUUAAAACAGCUGAAAGUCCUGGAAAAAUCUGGCGACAACCAGAGGAUCCCGCUCAUCCCAUCCACAGCCGGAGAAAUGGAGGACAUGCUGAGACUCUGCUCUUUUGUUCGCUUUAAGAUCCCCCAGCAGGUCCUGCAGGGUCUCAUUGCUGAGCGCAUUCCCCAUAAUGAGUUUUACAGAAAACUAUUUUUGGCUCUUGUUGAUGAGAAGUCGAGACACAGUUUGCACGAAAACAUGAACAAAAUUAUGGCUCCCACCCAGAUAAUUUGGGGUAAACAAGACCAGGUUCUGGAUGUAUCUGGCGCUGAAGUUUUGGCUGGUUCUCUCCGCGGGUGCCAAGUCGAGAUUCUGGAGAACUGCGGGCACUCAGUAGUGAUGGAGAGACCCAGGAAAAGCGCCAAACUCAUGACGGACUUCUUGUCUUCCCUUCAGAGCACAGACAACCAUAAGAAACACGAUUAAUAUUUCUGUUCCGGGAGCACCAAGUCCCUCUCUCCCAUUGAGUCUCUCAGGGAUCCGGCAGAACCACUAGGAAUUGAAUGUAGUUCUGUGCCAAGACCCAACAAUGAUUCUCUUCUGUGCUGCAAACAGGGUGACCAAUGGCAUGAGCCUCUAAAGAAGCCCGUGGCUACUGGAACUGGAAGCCAACAAUCGUGUUGUAUCAAAUUCUUGUUCAGUUGGACUAUGUGUCAGGCUUAGACCAUGAAAUCACUGAUUACGGCCCAUAAACCCAAUCCCUUUAUAGUCUGGCACAUCUAUAGGCUCUCAGCCUGCUGCGUGUAGUUCGACAAGUACCGGCACUGACAACUACAUUAUUUUGUCCUAUUUGAAAUGCUGCUUUUUUUCCUAUACAUUUCAUUUACACAAGGCACCAAUUAUGGGUUAAGAUACUGUUCAGCUCUACAGGGAAUGUUGGCGCCAUAUAUCUAUUAAUAUAUAUAACUACAGGGAAAUGGGCCCCCAGCAGAUGCAUCAUAUUGAUUUGUCCAAUAACAGCAAUUAAUGGGUUUGGUGGGUUGAUGUAAGGAAUGAGCCACUGACUAAUGAAUCCUAACGAGUAAUGAUAAUGAAAGUUUUUUGUAUAGAGAUCAGAGUUUAAGCCGUGCACAAAAUACUGGGAUAAUGAUCUUUAUCUGGGUGAGACUUGACCUUCUGCUCCACGAUGCAGAGCCGCAUGCAGAGCAUUUCUACUUCUGAUAAUAAAUUAUAAUAACAACA